AAAAUAAUCUUGGAUGAAUGUACUUUUUCCACUUAUCUUAUGUACUUCUAUUUCUGUACUGCUGAUUCAGAAUGAAUGGGCAGGGGAAAGUACCUUUUCCAUUAUUCUGUCCAUGAUCUUAGAGGUUUCUCCACACUGCCAUGUUACCAGCACUAUAAAACUUGAGACAAAUGAAGCAGGCUUAACAUCAGAUCUUCAGGAUCUAGCCAUAUUACAUCAUCACAUCAGCAUUUCAUUUGGAGCAGGCAUCCACAAUGGCUUAUGUUAAACUAGCCUUUGCAGCACUCUUCCUUGUCACCAUCUGCAGCGAAGGCUUUUGUCUGACUAGAGCAGAUGUUCCACAGGCUUGUUGCUUCUCAUACACCAAAAUCGUUCUUCCACUGAAGGUUAUAAAGGGCUAUUACAUGACAUCAACAUCAUGCAACACUUCUGCAGUAAUAUUCAAAACACCAAAAGGAGAAUUUUGUGCUAAUCCUCAACUUCAAUGGGUGAAGCGUCAUGUUGAUUCAUUAAAAAAGAAUACAAAAAACCAACAAUCCUCCACAUAAAAAUGUCUCGAUCACUAGUUAUGCAAAUGUCUGAGUCUUUAUAGUUCUAUGAGUUUCUCACAUGCAUACUCUUUUACAUAUUAAUAAUAAGCACUCUAAUACCUGAUUGUGUAUAAAACAUUCUGCCUACUUCUUGAUG